UAUACUCACAUAUCUGCAGCGAGUAUCGCCAGAUGCAAUGUCGGUUGAGAUAGUUUAUCACGCAUCUAGAGGAAAUACCACUUUGGUGCGACGUCUAUUGGAGGAGGGAGUGCACCCUGACGCCUGCUCGGCCAAUGGCGAAACGGCCAUCUUCCACGCUGCUCUCGCGGGACAUGCCCGCAUCGUGAAGCUUUUAUUAAAAUACGGUGCAGACCCAAACAGAUGUUCCCGUAAUGGACUGACCCCCGUGAAUGCCGCUUGUGUAAACGAUAAUUUAAAGUCGCUGGUACAGCUAAUAAAUCACGGCGGACAUCCAGACAACGCUGGUCAAGAUCACCAAGAGCUCCCCAUUGUUUCUGCUCAAAGGUACCACAGUAACAAGGUGAUAAAAUACAUGACGAAUCUGAAGCGAGAGGCGAGAAUGCAACCCGGACUGGACAAACUAGACGCUCCCUACAGGACUAAGGAGCACACAAAGAAGUAUCCACGUGUUGACGAUGCUAGCAAGCACACAUCGAUCACUUGUAUUGACGUAAGCGAGUUAGGUCAAUAUUCGUCAAGCAAACUGAAGUUAUACGCUCCUGACAUAGUCUUCACGCUCGCUUCCUGGCGUAGGGUACCUGUUACCGUAAAAUAUAUGGCACAGAAGUCAUACGAGAAGAUGCUGAAAAAGGAUAUGCUCGUCCUAAGUCAGAUUCGUCAUCCCCGUAUAGCCAACCUUCUGGCAGUGGGUACCGGCCCUGUAGCGGAGCAGAUGUGUCUAGUACUGGAAUGUUUCAAGAUAGGAUCAUUGCAUUUCGUUUUGCACGAGACAUCAAAGGAGAUCAGUCUUCCUGACAGAGUCGCCAUCUUCUGCGAUGUUUCAGAGGGACUGGAAUUUUUAAAGAGCCGUCGGAUUGUCCAUUGUUUCCUUAACAGCCAUAGCAUAAUGAUUUAUCAGCCUUUUCGAGCAAAGAUUUGUAAUUUAGAGUAUAGUCAAAAAGAAGGCAGCGAACCUAACGAAAGUUAUCAGAUGCUUCCAAUUGACGCAUGCGUGAAGCAGCACCCAUGGAUGGCACCUGAACAAUUAGAUGGUGAACCCACAAGUUUUGAGGCUGACGUUUACAGUUUUGGAGCCUCGUUCUGGGAAUGUCUUACCCGUGCCCUUCCAUGGUGCUGGCUCUCUGGAGAAACUAGCAUAUCACAAGCUAUCUACAAGCAAGGAAUGAUGCUGCCAAUAUUGCCUACGUGGCCAUACUAUAUCGCCGACAUUGUGGCGAGCUGCAUUGAACCCGAGGACGAGCGUGCAGAUAUAAGCAUUAUACGAGAUCAACUUCAUACCAUAAAGCAUUCUGGCUGGCAUUUGAACUCUGCUUUUCUUGACAUAUCAUUUGAGGAGUGGCUCACAGACAACGAGAAACUGCAUCACUUUCGUCGGCGUAGCAGAACACUGCACAAAUCCAGCAUUUCAAGAAAGAUAUCACUCCUGGAAAAUAAUUUGGUGACCCUGGAAGACAGCAAGCUCAGGCUGAUGACCAGCAGGCGAAGAUCAUCGACAAUACGGAAACAAACCAUCGUCACCGGUCUAGCAAACACACUUAAAGUGCUCAACACUCGACAUUUAACGCGGAAAGAGAGGGAGAUAAAGAAGUACGGCGUGGAGAUAGCUGAGCAAUUGGAAAUCAUUAGGCGUGUGCGAAGACGCGCCCGACUCUACCGCCGACGCCGAUGGGCAAAGGAGACUACAGUCAGGCGACGACUGGAAGGAGAUUUAAACAGGCUUAAAAUUGAUAAAGAUAAUGAUGAUGAACAAGGAAUUAAAAAGAAAAGAACAACAACUAGGGGAAGGAGGAUACGGCGGCUGUUGAUACGAGAGGAGAGUUUGGUCAGGCUAAAGACUAUUGCGCAAACUUUAGAGAAGAAGGAAUGGGCCAUGAUAACAACUGGGCACGAAUACGUGAAACCAGAGGUCGAUUUCGCAGAUCUUCUCUUCGAAUCGGAGGAAUUAGAUGAAGAGGAGGUUUAUAGAGAAAUAAUUCACCCAGGAGGCACAUUUGUAAAAUAUUAUGGAGACCAGGAAGAACAUCCGAUGGUUCAUUCUAAUUAUUCGACAGAUCGGUCUGUUGAUGAAAUAUCGAAAAAAGGUAUGGUAGUCGAUGGUGACCAGGAUAUUACGACAGAAUCGCGGAAAUCUAGUAAAAACAAUUACAUCAACUUAGGAGAAGAUAUAAAUGCGCGUGAAGAAAUUUCAGGUACUUCAUCUGAUAAAGAGAUUACAGUUUUGUUGGCAAAAGAAAAAAACGGUUAUACAAACUCUAUCAAGACAGACUUUCUCUCAAAGACAUUCAUAACAGACGACACUGCAAUGGCAUCUGCCGCAAAUAUUUCGCAGGAAAGACAGGUAAAGUCUGAGCCAAAAGAGAACAUUACAGGUGGCUCAGCUCAACGCUCUAUAUCUGUCGGAUGUCUGCCAUUCUAUUUUAACAAUCGCUCGAGGCCGAAGUUAUUCUCAAUCAAUCAACAUAUGCCUUUAAUGCUGAUUGAUUCUUCAAAACACAUUGAUGCAUUUAAAUGUUCUGAGUUUGACAAAUCUUCUACUUUGAAAAAUAUUUAUUGUGAUAUAAAUUGUCAACUUAACACCAACUCAGCUGAAGACAUUCCAUUGAAACAAAUCUAUAAAAAAGUAAAAACAAAAGCUAGUAAGAGGUCUAUACCCAACAAGGGGAAGCUGGCUUAUAUAUCGAAGGCUAGAAAUUCGUACAGCGACAGUGACAUUUUUAUACUUUAAAAGACUUGUAAAUGGCUGAUAAAACGAUGCUAACCUAAUAAAACUAGAGAAUCGACAGAAAUGAGAUGCAACAGUAGAGAGUACAAUAGCAUCAAAUGAAGUUAGUAAACAGAUGCCUGCAGAUUCAAUAAAUGGCAAAAUAAGCUA